UCCCCAGCCAUGGCAGAUUUAGAUGAUUUUUUCGCCAAGAAAGAUCGGAAAAAAGCUAAAAAUAUAAAAAAAUUUUCAACAGCUGAUGAAAUUGCUAAGAAGUUAGAGGAUACGGGUAAAAAAGUAGAAAAACCGAUAAAAAAGGAUCGUUCAAAUCAAGAAACGGAUGAAUCAAGAUUAGAUAGUCAUGAACAAGAUGAGUGGAAAGAUUUCGAAGAAGAGAAAAAAGAUUAUAGUGGUUUGAAAAUUGGUCAUUUGAGUAUAAAUGCUGACGGUAAUUCGGGUAAUUCAGGUUCUGAUAACCAAGGCGGUGAUAACAGUGGGUUGGGGGAUGGUGGAAGUGAUAGUGGUUCAACUUCAGGAGAUGUAAAUAAUUCUCAAAAUGAUGGUAAUCAAACAAAAGGGCCUUGGAAACGUGUUCAGCAACAUCAAGAGCCAGCUCCAGUUGAAGUUGCACCAGCAACAGUUGCGCAAACGUCUUCCACAGACACAAAAGGAGGAUACGUUGCACCUCACCUUCGAGGAAAUCGGAAUGCACUUAAUUUAACACAAAGUGGAGGACGAACACGUAACAAAGCUGCACCUGAUAUUCAUAAUCAAGAAUAUUUCCCAACAUUAGGUAGUGCUUCUAAACCAGAAACUACAAAUGUGUGGGGCAAAAAAUCCAGUAGAAACGAAGGUACAUUUGAAGAGGUUCGUCAUAAUAAGGCAAGCUUUGGUCGUCAAGCCGCUGAACAACGAGCAAGUCAGGGUAACUCACAAGGUGUGAAACUGAAUCUUGGAAAUCGUUAUAAUACUUUAAGCACAAAUGAUAGCUAGUAAAAGCUUUUAGAAUCAACAAUUUAAAUCAACAACCAACAACAACAAAAAAAAAAAAAUAUAAACAAAUUUA